UGGUCCGCGUUUCCUCCGCCCCUCCCUCCGACCACCGCUCAGAAGCCCUGGGAGCUCUGGCCGAGCGGCCGGCGCGCUGAGGGGAUGCGCUCCAUCAAGGCUCUGCAGAAUGCGCUGAGCGGGGCCGGCAGUUACUGCCGGCGGGGAGGCUGGGGUCACCUGAGCCGGAGCCCCCUCCUUGGCGGGGGCGUCUGGCACCACCUCAGUGAGGCCGCGGCGCAGGGCAGGGAGACGCCACACAGCCACCAGCCGCAGCAUCAGGAUCAUGAUUCGUCAGAGAGUGGCAUGCUGUCCCGUCUGGGUGAUCUGCUCUUCUACACUAUUGCUGAGGGACAGGAACGAAUCCCUAUCCACAAGUUCACUAAUGCACUGAAGGCCACUGGACUGCAGACGUCAGAUCCCCGGCUCCGGGACUGCAUGAGCCAGAUGCGCCGCAUGGUUCGAGAGACCAGCAGUGGUGGCCUCUUGGACCGAGAUCUCUUCCGAAAGUGUGUGAGCAGGAACAUUGUGCUCCUGACCCAGGCAUUCCGAAAGAAGUUCGUCAUUCCUGAUUUUGAGGAGUUCACGAGCCAUGUGGACCGCAUCUUUGAGGAUGCCAAAGAGCUCACUGGAGGCAAAGUGGCAGCCUACAUCCCUCAGCUGGCCAAGUCAAAUCCAGAUCUGUGGGGCGUCUCCCUGUGCACUGUGGACGGUCAGCGGCACUCCGUGGGCCACACAAAGAUCCCCUUCUGCCUGCAGUCCUGUGUGAAGCCCCUCACCUAUGCCAUCUCCAUAAGCACCCUAGGCACUGACUACGUGCACAAGUUCGUGGGCAAGGAGCCCAGCGGCCUGCGCUACAAUAAGCUCUCCCUCAAUGAGGAAGGAAUCCCCCAUAACCCCAUGGUCAAUGCUGGUGCCAUUGUUGUGAGCUCCCUGAUCAAGAUGGACUGUAACAAAGCAGAGAAGUUUGAUUUUGUCUUGCAGUAUCUGAAUAAAAUGGCUGGGAAUGAAUACAUGGGUUUCAGCAAUGCCACAUUCCAGUCAGAGAAGGAAACAGGGGAUCGGAAUUAUGCCAUCGGCUAUUAUCUAAAGGAAAAGAAGUGCUUUCCUAAAGGGGUGGACAUGAUGGCUGCCCUGGAUCUCUACUUCCAGAAACACCAGGGGAACUUACUGAAGGAUCAGGAUGUCAAGAACAUUGCUCUACACCUCAGAGCACAGCAUUCAGGUCCACACCGGACCCUCACCUCUGCCUCGUCUCCACAGCUGUGCUCCGUGGAGGUGACCUGUGAAUCAGGCAGUGUCAUGGCAGCCACCCUGGCCAAUGGCGGGAUCUGCCCCAUCACAGGCGAGAGCGUGCUGAGCGCUGAAGCAGUGCGCAACACCCUCAGCCUCAUGCACUCCUGCGGCAUGUAUGACCUCUCGGGCCAGUUUGCUUUCCAUGUGGGCCUGCCAGCCAAGUCAGCUGUGUCAGGAGCCAUCCUCCUGGUGGUGCCCAAUAUCAUGGGAAUGAUGUGUCUAUCACCUCCCCUGGACAAGCUGGGGAACAGCUAUAGGGGUGUCAGCUUCUGCCAAAAGUUGGUAUCUCUCUUCAAUUUCCACAACUAUGACAACCUGAGGCACUGCGCUCGAAAAUUAGACCCACGGCGUGAAGGAGGAGAAGUUCGGAACAAAACUGUGGUGAACCUGUUAUUUGCUGCCUAUAGUGGAGAUGUCUCAGCUCUUCGAAGGUUUGCCUUGUCAGCCAUGGACAUGGAACAGAAAGACUAUGACUCCCGCACAGCCCUGCAUGUUGCUGCAGCUGAAGGACACACUGAAGUUGUUAAAUUCCUUAUUGAGGCUUGCAAAGUGAAUCCUUUUGUCAAGGACAGGUGGGGCAACAUCCCCCUGGAUGAUGCUGUGCAGUUCAACCACCUGGAGGUGGUUAAACUGCUCCAAGAUUACCAGGACUCAUACACACCAUCUGAGACUCAGGCUGAAGCAACAGCUGAGGCCCUGUCCAAAGAGAACUUAGAGAGCAUGGUGUGAGCAUGGGGCAUGCACAGUCCCUGCAUAAGAGAAGCACGAGCUGGCCACACACUUAACAUAUAACCACCAAACAUGCUACAGAGGG